GGGUAGGUCUACGUGGUGAGGAGUGGGACCCUUGUCGUGCACCAACACCACGAUGGAUAACUAUCCGAUGUAUGGGUUACUUGUUGGGUUCUCCCUCUGGGGGACCCUUUGGCGUCUCCUCUUUCCUCUGGGCUUCUGGCCCACUGUCGCGUGUAGAGUAGGGACUCGUGGUGGUACUUCCACCCAACCUUACACGAAGGAGGAGGAGGAGAAGAUGGCCGCCAUCCUGCAGGAGAGAAGGGAAAAGAAAGAGGCCAAGAAGAAGGCCCUACAGGAGGAGCAGGCGGCCAAGUUGAGAAAGAUUGAGGAAGAGAUAGCCAGAGAGAAGGAGAGAAUCAAGAAAGAAGAGGAGCAGAAAUUGAAGGAGGUGGAAGAAGAAGAAGAGGAAAUGUCGCUGGUAAUGAAUAGGGGGCAGCACAGUGGCAGCAACGGUGGGGACUUGGAGAAGAGGAUAUCCGAAUGGGUUGCCAAUCUGACUGUGGGAGAAGAGGAGGAGGUUAAUAUGUACAUCUCGCAGGAUCAGCAAGAGGCUGCCAUGAGGGCUUGGGAUGCAGAGAAGGAUCCCCUUAGACGGCAGGCGUUGGACGACGAGAAGAGAAUGAAGUGGAAAUUGGCAGUGAUGAGGGAGAAGAAGAGGAGGGUUGAUAAGGCAGCGGAGGCGGCAAAGGCAUUAGAGGAAGUGAAAAAGAUAGAAGAGCAGUUAGCCGCCCAACUCGAUCUCCCGAAUCAGAUGCGAGUCAUAGCUCGAAGUGUCGCGUGCCUGGCACGGGUUCAGGCGGACAAAUAUGACUUCAGUAGGAGUCAAGAUAUAGCUGUGCGCUCGAUACGAUUGGGCUUUUGGGACUUUGAUCGUGAGCUGGUAGGCGCCAUUGGAGCCGAGGUGGGUCAUCGCCUCGACAAGACUGAACGGUUUUGCGCUGGCGCCAUUGAAGGCGUCAAGGCGGCAGCUCCCAAGGAGGAGGAAGCACGUCCUUCUCGUCGGGAGCCGGUCAAAGUCAAAUUCCCCGAUUCCUACAGUGGAAAACGGGAAGAAAACUUUGACAAUUGGGAGGCCAAUGUUAAGACCUAUGUGCAUUUGCAACAGGUCUCCCCAGAUCAGCAAGUCCUAAUUGGAAUCCACGCGCUUAGGGAUGAGGCCGCCAGCUUUGCAAGGUCCUUAGUUCGUGCUGCCAAUUGCAAUGACGAUCCGGUUGCAUAUUCGUCAUUCACUCCCCUCACCGAAUUCAUGAAGUUGCUGCGCGAGCGAUUCGCAGAUGUCGCUUGCAGUGUUAAGGCUUCAAACAAACUUCAGACAAUCCACGCCCGUAAGUGGAAGAGUGUCAGGGCACUCAAGAGCACCAUGGAAGAAUUGAUAGCUGUCCCUGACCACAAGGUUACAGACACCCUGUUGGUUGCCCUCUUCUACCGGGCGAUACCCGAAGCCCUUCGAGGGCAUUUCUUCACAAAGAGCAAAGACCCUGCCGCUACGUAUGAUUCGCUUAGUCGCGAAGUGGUGGCCUUCGAAGCCAAGUCUAUGUCUGUAUCCACCUUCUGGCACAAAGACUUGGACAAGGGUAAGAAAUGGAAGGGCCACACUAUCUCAGGGCAAGUGAAGACUAAGGAUAGUCUUGUCCUAACUUUAGAUAGAGGUAGUGUGGAGGAAAUCCCCUACGAGCAGAUCGAGUGGGGGUUAGAGGAGGAGGACGGCAGUAUGGGCCAGGGGAGGACUUACGCUGCCGUCGCGGCCGGAGGGAGGCCGCAAGGAGGAGGACGAGGCCAGGGUCAAGGGGGCCGGGCCUCUGGGAGCCGGUUCCAGGGCGAUCAGGGGGUUGGCGGCAGAGGAGGGAACCGCCAAGCGGGAGGAAGGGGUCAAGGCCGGUGUCUAGACAGCUGUCCCGAAACUGCUUGUGUUAGAGUUUCGCUAGACACCUCCCUCACAGGCAUGGGCGAAGAAUUGAAGGAGAGGAUGCCCGCCUGGGCCAAGAUGAAGAAGGAGAAUAAAGGACAACUAAUAUUGCUAGAUAUAGAGAUUUUUAGAGGUAGAGUAGGGGCCCUAGUAGACUCAGGGGCCACCCACAACUGUAUUAGUAAGAAAGCGCUGCAGAAGUUUAAGCUGGGACUUAAAGUCCAAAAGCUAGCAGACCCUAUAGUUAGUAUCCUCGCGGACAAUCGUACUAUGGUUGUAGAGGAUUACGUAGAGGGAGUUCGGGCAUACUUCCGCCUAGAGAAAGAUGGGAAAGUGGAGAAGGUCCUCCACUCCCUGCCUCUCCUCGUAGAGGAUAGCCUCCCUUUCGACAUUGUUCUGGGAAUGGAUUGGGGAGAGGCAGUUGGGGCCACGCUCCAUCUGAAGGAGAACGAGUGUAGGCUCCCUAGCUCUUCGGGCAAGGCUAAAACUCCCCGCCUGUUCCAUGUGUCAGGAGUAGAGAAUUCCUUAGCGCAUUGCUGCCUUAGUGCCCCUGCGUUCGCCAAACUAGUGAAAAAGGAGAAAUUCGAGGAACAGGUCUUUGUUGCCUAUGUUAGGCCAGUCACUGAGUCUAAGGAAGAAAAGCCUCUAGACCUUGCUAUUGCCAAGCUGCUGGAAGAGUUUAAGGAUUUGACGGCACCGCCGACAGGCAAGGUGCCGCAGCCCAUCCAGCACCGUAUUGAGAUAGAGCCUGACAGUAGAACUCCUAAGGGUGCUGUGUAUAGGAUGUCCCUGCGAGAGUUAGGGGAGCUUCGCAAGCAAUUAGACGAGCUCCUCGAGAAGGGUUGGAUUAGGCCCAGUUCGUCUCCCUUUGGAGCGCCUCGCUGUAUGAACGAUUUGUUUAGGCCGUGGUUAGAUAGAUUUGUUGUAGUUUACCUAGAUGACAUUCUAGUGUUUAGUAAGACCCUCAAAGAGCAUCAGGGUCAUCUCAGGCAGGUCUUGGAGAAGCUGAGGGAAGCCAACUUCAAGAUCAAUGCGAAGAAGUGCGAUUGGGCGAAGACCCAAGUCCUGUAUCUAGGCCACGUCUUAGACGGAGACGACAUCAAGCCAAAGGAUAGCAAGAUCGCAGCGAUUAGAGAUUGGCCCACGCCACGUACGCUGACAGAGUUGCGCUCGUUCCUGGGCUUAGCUAAUUACUAUAGGAAGUUCGUGAGGAACUUCUCUACCAUCGCUGCACCCCUUCGCAGAUUACUGAGAAAGGAGACCAUCUGGAAGUGGGAUAAGGACUGCACGUCUGCCAUGAAGAAGUUAAAACAGGCGUUAAUAGAGUAUCCAGUCCUUAAGGUCGCCAACCCGUCCUUGCCCUUCGUCGUCGCGACCGAUGCAAGUCAGUACGGCAUAGGCGCAGUGUUGCAGCAAGACGAUGGCAAUGGGUAUAGACCCGUAGAGUUCAUGUCCGCCAGGAUGCCUUCCGAGAAGGUCGCGACAUCUACCUAUGAGAGGGAACUCUACGCUCUCAGGCAAGCCUUAGACCACUGGAAGCACUACUUGCUUGGGAGGCACUUCAAAGUCUAUUCUGACCAUGAAACGUUACGAUGGUUAAAGACGCAGGCCAAGAUGACACCUAAGCUUACUAGGUGGGCCGCCGAGAUAGAUCAGUACGACUUUGAGCUCAAGCCUGUCAAAGGGAAGUACAAUGUAGUCUCGGACGCUCUGAGUAGGACGGCAGAUUACUUUGGGGCCAUAGUGCAUUACCUCAAUAUAGGGAAGGACCUGCAACAGAAGGUCAGAGAAGCUUACGCGCAGGACCCUAUCUAUAGUGAGCUCCUUAAGAAAGUCAAGGAGGCCCCAGAGACUGAGCCAAAUUACCGCACUACUGAAGGGUUGCUUUUUCAGAAGACCAAUGUGUUUGACCGCCUGUGCAUCCCCAAUAGUGAAGAGAUUCGUAGUCUGAUUUUGGGCGAAUGCCAUGACACUGAGGGUCAUUUUGGUUGGCAAAAGACUUUGGCCAAUUUGAUGCGCGCGUAUACCUGGCUAGGGAUAAAGAAUGAUUGCGUAGAAUAUGUUCGCAGUUGUAAGGUUUGCUAGCGUAACAAGAGUUCUACGCGCGCCCCGCUAGGUCUUCUCAUACCCUUACCCAUUCCAGACCAGCCAGGGGACUCAAUGUCCAUCGACUUCAUGGACACUCAAGUCAAGAGUAGGCAUGGCAAGAGCCAAGUCAUGGUCAUAGUUGACCGUUUUAGUAAGUACGCAGUUUUUGUUCCCUUGCCUUCAGAGGCACGUACUGAUUUAGUCAUACAUAGAUUUUUUGACUGCUGGGUUAGUGAAAAUGGAAUCCCACUGUCUAUAGUUAGCGAUAGAGAUAGUCGCUUUACCAGCCAGAACUGGCAAGAACUCAUGGGGGUAUAUGGAUCUAAGUUGUUGAUGUCGUCCGGCCGUCAUCCAGAGACUAACGGUCAGACAGAGCAAAUGAACAAAAUCCUACAGCAAGU